AUGUCGUUUGCUGGGGAGCUCAUGGCCACAGAAGCCACAUCUCAGUUCUUUGCUGACUCCGUUAGCUUUGACGAUCAGCCGUCAUACGAAAGUCCGGACCAAGACGUCGAUACCAGCAAUAUCAACCUGAGCACCCCAUAUAUCGACACUAGACUUGACAUUGGGGGUGCACCUCUGGUGCUGGAUGGUUUCGUGUCUUCGACCCCGCAAGAUUCGGAACCGCGGACUGACGUCUGGGACGGCUUUGCCGAGCAAGGCGAUAUGAUGGGACCCGAACAAAGACCCUUCUUUAUCGACCCAGACCUCUAUGGACCAGGGAGCGAAGUUGAUCAGACACUACAACAGCAGUAUACACUUGCUACUGGCCCAGUUGAGGACUUCCGUCAGUCAUUUCCCCGAACGGUCAGCAGCAGAUCGUUGUCUCUCCAGACAUCAACCUCGGGCAGUAUUUCAACAGGCAUUACUUUGCCAGAGCAGCUAGCUGAUCAACCUGAGAAGCCAAUAAGGCAAAAACGUCAACAAGGGGAACAGGAGGAACAAGAAGAGGCUCAAGAUCCUCCCAGAAAACGACGGACAAGGAAGACCAAGAGGGAAACGGUCUCGGCCGAAGAUGAGGAGAAGAGAAACAGGUUUCUCGAACGCAAUCGCAUAGCCGCAAGUAAGUGUCGAGAGAAGAAAAAACUGUAUGUGAUGGAACUAGAAGAGGCCAAAAACGGGCUUGAGCAAAAAAAUGCGCGGCUACAAUUCGAGCGCGACUCCCUGGUUCUCGAAAUCGGUCAGUUGAAGCACCAGUUGAUGGCACAUGCCAGUUGCAACGAUCCAAAUAUCGACACAUGGAUCAAUAGAGAAGCAAGGAAAUAUGUUGAGGAGUCUGCUGGAAGAGAGGAGGAAGCACGAACAAGCAAUGAUGAGGCGUGGUCACCUUUAAAUACAAGCUACGCGGCGUUGUCGUUCCCCGCAACCUGA